GCGCCAUUUGUCAAUCCUUCUUUCUUCUAGCCCUGCUGAUCAAGGCAGUCAUCUAAACACUCGCUCGUCGUGACUGCACACGACAGCCACUCUCAAUAGGGCAAGACAUCCCAGACCUCUGUCCCCCUUUCUUGGUGUCAGAGAGAUCAAAGAUACAAGCCGCAGCACUGGUCACUAAAACGCGCGAUGGAGAUGGAUACAGACACCACCGUACCGACCUCUCCACCCGCAGGGUCAGCUUUAAAGCCGGAAAACCCGGGCGCAGCACGCCGUCGAGAAGCGGAAGCCUGGCUGGAAACUUUCUUCCAGAAGAAAGGUAUCAGCGCGCUUUUUGACGGGCUCAUCACACAUUGGAGAAGCUGUGAUGGGCCCGGUCACCCACACUGGAGGAUGUUCAAAGCCUCUGCGAAGUUGAUUCUCGGUAUGAUCCAUGCACAUGGCAUCGAGGAAGGAGAGCCCGACUCAGUUCGUCGACUGAUGCGCGCUGAUGGCAGAGAGAUUGAAGGUAUUGAGCGGCGCAUAGAGACGACAGAUGCUCAAUGGCUCAAAAGACGCAACGACCGCUUGGAGGAUUGGGAUUGCUCAAGAUGGCACGUGCUGAACUCGCUCUGUACGCUGCCGCAGAGUAAUCCAGCCAUCAAUUCACAAAGGCUAGAGCUGGAUUAUGACAAGCUUCAGCGGGAAUUCUACGACCAAAGCUUUCUGGGCGACCACGACGCCACCUUUGCUGACGUCCUAGAAGGCUAUGAGCGCCAAUUGACCCCAGGACAAAAAGCGGCGGUGGAGGAGAUGCCGACGGAGCAACUGAACCAACCUAGCGAAGGGCAAGGGAUGCACAAUACAACAUCGAAAUUCUAUCAUUCGCGGUCUCUUGCCAUCGUGCAAAGCAGCGGCACCGGCAAGUCUCGACUCGUUCAGCAAUUAAAUGGUCAUACUUUUUCAAGACCGGAAGGGGUAGCCGUUCAUCUGACCUUUUACCUGUGCUUCCGUCGUAAAGACGAGGAUGGCUUUCCUUACGGCGACUGGAGAUUCUACAAGUGGGUAUCCGAGGACCUCUUCCAUGACAGUGUGCCGCCAGACUUGCGGACGCGCUCGAUGCUUCCAAUUCUCUACAAUAUUCGCUGGAUCACGCUCUUCAGAGCCAUCUAUCGAGCGAGUGCUGAAGAAGUGAGAAAAAUCGAAGGCCGCCAGAGCAACGAAACGCUUGCGGAGGAGUGGAAGAAGCGUUCCGCAGCUCCUACAGAGGUGCCCGCCGGCUCGCGCCAUGAAGCACACCAGUUUGUCCACCUCUAUAAUCAGACAGAAGUACAGGCUCAGGAUCUUUGGUCGAGCGUCCUCGAGCUUGCGACGAAGUGUAACACCGCGGCUGAUCUUCUGGCGGGCGAGCGUAACUUGCUCUCUGUGGACGCCGAGGAGUUGCGAAAGCUAUUGGCACAAACUCACGACGAUCAGGUUUGGUUCCACAUCUGCUUGGACGAACUAGCUAAUGCCAGCUGGUCAGGUGUCCCGCGGGAGCCAGCCGGCACGACGAACCAAUUCGCAUGGGUUGAGGAUCUGCGCGCUCUCUUUUGCCCCGACGAAAAUAUCGAGCUUCCACCUCGCUUUUGGCUCAUAAUGCUUGGCACCAAUGCUAGCUUUUCUGCGCUCAACCCAGCGGUGCACGAAGCUUCAUCUUCCCGUAUCUCGCGCGGGCAACUAAAACAUUUUCCGCCGUACAUGCACUGUGUCACCAAUGUCUGGCUGGCUAAUCAUCCCACAGAGCAUGCGCAGAUCAUGCGGGCCUCUCCUUAUGCAGCGAGCCGACCCCACAUCUUAGCAUUGUGGGGAAGACCAUUGUGGAAAUCACUGGUGGAGUACGAAAACCCUCUUCAUCCGAUACAGGCAGGCGCGCGCCUCGAACUCUGCGGAAUCGGCUUAGCUGUUAUACUUGGGAAGCUGCUGCGGCUAAGUUUGCGUGCCCCUGAUCUUUCACGAUCCAACCUCGACAAGGGAAGACUGUUCGCGCUGCUGAGUCAACGCAUUGAGCUGGACAACGGGUCCGAGCUGGAUAGCUUGUACCAUCGGCACGCCACCGCAAGCGCGGCGGAACAGAAGAGGCAAGUAGAUCGGCAUCUCCGCGUACUAUGCGACGCGACCGAAGCAGGAGACGCAGUAGUAACUUACACGAUGUGCGAGCCGCUAGUAUCUCAUAUGGCGGCUGCUGUCAUGGGCAAUGCAAGCCCGGUCAAACCCGGCGAUGACGUGAGAACGCUUUGGGCAACUUGUUGGGACGCACUGCACUCCUUGGUAUCGACCCAAGUGAUUAUGACCAGGGGGUCUACGGCGAGAUAACAGCUCAAGGCUCCUAACCAUCUCGAAAGACGCUGCAGAACGUCCCUCCCCCAAGGAGCUCGGGCUGAAAGAGAGCCCAAAAUUUACAGACCCUGCGCACCAGUUUGUCAGGCUCGAUCAUUUUCUUCGGGCUACAUUCAAUU